CCCGAUGGUGAUCCCCUCAAGGACCAAAGUAGAGAUCGGCUGGAGAAAAGGCGGUGCAGGGGGUCACCGCUGCACGGGAAAAUUGUCUCCGUGGCAAAUAUCCCGUCCCCGCGAGCUGCCCGUGGGCAGAGCGGGCAGCGCUCGGCAGCGCUCGGCAGCGCUCGGUGCGUGCAGUGCCGGGAGGAGGCUGCGGGCGCCGCUGUUGACCGAGAGGAGCGAGCGGGAGCUCGGAGCGCUGCAGCCCCGCCCGCUGCGGAUCCGCUCGAUCACUCGCUGGCCGGAUUCGUGGCCCGGCGGGAGGACGGUCUGUGAUCAUCCCCGCGGUACGGAACCGUUCUGCAGCGAGCGGAGGGACUGCGGCGGCGGAGCGGCCGGGAGCGGCGAGCUGGGGAAGGACAGUGAGGCAGAUCGGCGGUCGGCGGUGGGGCGCUGCUCGGGGUGUUGCGGUGCCGCAGCGGAGAUGUGCGCGGCGGGGAGGCGCUGGGGCCGGCGGCAGCGAGCUCUGCUCUGGGCCGUGCUGCUGGCAGCGUGGGAGGCGGCGUGGGGGCAGCUGCGCUACUCCGUGCCCGAGGAGAUGCCCAAGGGCUCGUUCGUGGGGGACGUGGCCAAGGACCUGGGGCUGCAGCUGUUGGAGAUCAACGACCGCGGCGUUCGCGUUGUCUCCGAGGGAAGAACACAGUAUUUCGCUUUACAGGAGAAGACAGGACAUUUAGUGACAGCGCAAAAGUUCGACAGAGAGCAUCUGUGUGAGAGUGUGCAGCAAUGCGUGCUGCGCUGUGAGCUGAUAGUGGAGGGGGAAAUGAAUUUCUAUGGAAUAGAAGUAGAAAUUGCCGAUAUUAACGACAACGCACCCAGCUUUCAAGAGGCAGAAACAGAGCUGAGAAUGAGCGAGAUGACAGCCCCGGGGUCCCGGUUUCCACUGACAGAGGCUCAUGACCCUGACUUGGCCCGGAAUUCCCUGCAGAGCUACGAGCUGAGCGGCGACGAGCACUUCUCGCUGGCCGUGCAGGCGGGCCCCGGCGGCGAUCAGCGUCCCGAGCUGGUGCUGGCGAAGGCGCUGGACCGGGAGGAGGCGGCGUUUCACGAGCUGGUGCUGAGGGCGAUGGACGGCGGCGAUCCGGCACGGACGGGCACGGCUCGGAUCCGUGUAACCGUGGUGGACGUGAACGACAACGCGCCCGUGUUCAGCCAGGCGGAGUACACGGUGCGUGUGCCCGAGGACGUGCCCGUGGGCUCCGUCCUCCUCACUGUCACGGCUACAGACGCCGACGAGGGUCAGAACGGGCAGGUAAAAUACUCUUUUAAGAGAAAAAAGACAUCGUCCCAGAUAUUUCACCUGGACUCUGAGACUGGAGCAAUCACUCUGGGGCGAAGCCUGGACUUCGAGGAACGUGAUGCCUACGAGUUGGACCUGCAGGCAUAUGAUGGUGGGGCUCUUUACAAUACGGCGAAAGUCGUGAUCACUGUGACAGACGUCAACGACAACGCACCUGAGAUUUCCGUGCGGUCGGCACUAAGCGAGAUCUCGGAAGACGCCCCCUCGGGAACUGCCGUGGCCCUUUUGUACGUGCAGGACCGGGACUCGGGGGCGAACGGUGACGUGCGGUGCUCCCUCGACAUGGACAUCCCAUUCCGGCUUCAAAGCUCGCAGGCCAAUUAUUACAGUGUGGUGACGACGAGAGAGUUGGACCGGGAGCAGGUGUCGGAGUACAACGUGACGGUGCGGGCUGCCGACGGCGGGUCGCCGCCUCUGCAGAGCAGCGCGGUGCUGGCGCUGCGGGUGCUGGACGUGAACGACAACGCGCCGGUGUUCGCGGAGGAGCGCUACAGCGCGCGGCUGUCGGAGAACAACGCGGCGGGCGCGCUGGUGCUGAGGGUGCGCGCCACGGACGCGGACUGGGGGCAGAACGCGCGCGUGCGGUACCGGCUGGCGGAGGGGCGGGUGCGGGGCGCGGCGCUGUCGUCGUACGUGUCGGUGCAGGCGGAGACGGGCGCGCUGUACGCGCUGCGCUCCUUCGACUACGAGCAGCUGCGCGAGCUGCAGCUGUGGGUGCGUGCGGAGGACGGCGGCGCGCCGGCGCUGGGCAGCAACGUGUCGGUGCGGCUGCAGAUCGUGGACGAGAACGACAACGCGCCGCAGGUGCUGUACCCGCCGCCGGCUUUAGCGGCGGGCUCGGGCGCUGCGUGGUCGGGCGUGGAGCUGGCGCCGCGCUGGUCGGAGGCCGGCGCGCUGGUGGCCAAGGUGGUGGCGGUGGACGCGGACGCGGGGCAGAACGCGUGGCUGUCGUACGAGCUGGCCAAAGCCACGGAGCCGGGGCUGUUCCGCGUGGGGCUGCACAGCGGCGAGGUGCGCACGGCGCGCUCGCCGCUGGCCCGCGACGCGGCGCGCCAGAGCCUGGUGGUGCUGGUGAAGGACCACGGGCGGCCGGCGCUGUCGGCCACGGCCACGCUGAGCGUGGUGCUGGCCGAGAGCGUGGCCGAGCUGCUGGCCGAGCUGGGCAGCGCGGCCGCCGAGGCGGCGGCGCCGGGCGAGCCGGCCGCCAGCCUGACGCGCUGGCUCGUGCUGGCCGUGGCCGCCGUGUCGUGCCUCUUCGUGGCCUUCCUGCUGCUGCUGCUGGCGCUGCGCCUGCGCCGCUGGCGCCGCCAGCAGCUGCUGCCGGCGGACAGCGGCGCCCUGCGCGGCGUGCCCGUGUCGCACUUCGUGGGCAUCGACGGCGUGCGCGCCUUCCUCCAGUCCUACUCGCACGAGGUGUCGCUCACGGCCGACUCGCGCAAGAGCCAGCUGCGCUUCUCGGCCGGCAGCUGCUGCGACACCCUCCCGGCCCGGCCGCCGCCCGACGAGCCCGCGCCGCUGCUCGGCGACGAGGAUCCUGCCGGCGCUCGUCCCGUGGAUUCCGCCUCUGGCCCGGUGAGUUCCCCAUACCAGUUUUUCUCCAUUGUUCUUUAUUCUGUUGCUACUCUACUCAUUUCCGGCGUUUUCUGUGUCCUUCAGAUUGAUGUUUGCUGACAAGGAUGGAAAAGUAUCUUUUAGGGACGUGCUGAUUGCGGGGCUUCCUGCUGCACCAUGAUGGACAUGGGCUGGGUCCGAGCUUUUCAGCUUGUGAGGGUUGCAUGAUAAGGGAGCUGCUCUUGGCUGCAGGGCUUUUUUUAUGAAGCUGUUUCUGUAUCAUAUGAUCCUCACUUCCUCAGUAUCUUUUGAUGGAUAUGUAGUGUUUAAUCUCCUUCCUGCUUCUUCUGUGAGAUAUAUUUGGCAGACAAAUAUUUCUUUCCUCUUAGUACAGAGUUAUAAGGAUAGCUGUUUGAAGGCCAUAGGUUAUCUGGUGCAUAUUGAAGGGAAAUGGUCUGAAUAGCAGCCUUUUGAUGGAAGCUGCUUUCCAAGUAUCAAGGUCAAGAAACAAUAUGCAGGAUUUUAGAGGCAGGAGAUGCAAAUACUGGGCUCUGUGUGUGAAUGACUGCUAAUGGAUACAAGGUUUCAGUGUCCAUCUGUAGUAUAAUGUAAUGCAAUUUGCUCCUUCCCAAUAUGUUUGUCUUAACAGAUAUUACUGCAGUUCUAUUGAGACCCGUUGGGUAUUUACAGGUUAAUGUGUUUAAUUAAUAGCCUUAUAUAUUCCAAUCUGAAAUGUCACAAUGGGAGCUUUGCAAUAAGGAAAUUCAUUACAUCCAUAAUUUUAAUAUUUAUAUUAUGUAUUUCCUCCAAGAGUCGUAAUCCAGAGGAGCGUGAUCCCUUCGUUUCUGCAGAUGUUAUCUUAUUGUCCUAUUCUUUGUAUUGAUCUCAAGCUGCGCCUUUGUAUCUGGUAGUAUCUGGUCACUGCUCUUACAUUUGCUUGGGUGUCCCC